GAAUAAUGCAAUAUUGUCAUUGCAGUCCUCCAAGAUGUUGACUAAAGUGUUAGUAAUCAGUUGUUCCAUAUUUUGCGUCAUUGAUUCAGCCUUAGUGAAUCAGACGGCGAACGAUCAAGAUAGCAGUAAGGAUUUCAAUGAAAUCCAAUUGGAAAUGGCUAAUUUUCGAACUAUUGGUGAUAUGAAUUAUUAUUUCCAUUUGAAGUCUACGAUGACGCAGCCGGAAGCAAAAAAGUUCUGCAACUCCAUGGGCAAGAACCUGGUGAGCAUUCCGAACGAAAGGGUAAACGUUCAGUUGUACGAGGUAUUCGAGAAAGAAGCAUCUAAUAAACAAGUUUAUUUCUGGUCUUCUGGGGAAAGGAUUAACGGCAAUUGCUUCUAUUGGUCUGCCACUGGAAAAGCCUUCGUCUUCACCAGCUGGGCUUCUUCAGAACCCAACAACGUAGGCGGAAAUGAGAAUUGUGUAGAAACAUACCAUUAUCCGAAAAAAGGACAAUUACUUUGGAAUGACAUUAAAUGCGAUUUCCAGAGAUACGUUGUCUGUGAAAAUAGUGGUGUUGAUGCAGCAUCAUCAAACGAAACACCGACCAACUGAGGUUGAUAAAUGAUCUGACUGUAAAAUAGUUGAGAAAUACGUUGCCUUUUUUCUGUUUUGCACAUUCAUUGAUAAUAAAUCUUGUAUAACUUA